UGCCUUCAACCCCACAGAUACAACAAACGGGAGGAGAAAAGCGCCGAGGAGACCCAAAGGCAAGAAAAAGAAUAGAUUAAUAGAGGAGGAAGAAAGGAAGGACGGAAACUACUAAUCGUGGCGAAGAAAGGUGGUGGAUGUGAGCGCCUCGCCCCUCCGCCACCUUCCCGUCCUCCCCCUCCCUCGAGCCGUCGUCUUCUCCUCCUGCAUCGGCGCCCGCGGCCGGCGUCAACCCGUUCUCGUUUAUGUUCAGUAGCUUAUUACAGUAUGCGUUGGCAAGACAAACUUGAUUUGGCUGGGGAAUACCAUCUGAAUGAACAAUCACUUGGUGCUGUCUCUCAUGCUGGUUCUCCAAAAUCUGGUGUUUCAUUCACAUCAGAGCAGUCAGCGAUGGUUAGCAUACGGCGAAGAAGAUAUCUGGGGCUCUGUUCUGGAAAAAGUUCCUUUCCUGUUGUGCUCCCUAGGCCGAUCGAGAAUGGCAAUGCUGUGGAAAGUCCUACUCAACAAGUCAAGCCAGUCAGUGUGCAUCCCAUGCGCUUAGUUGAUACAAGCCUUAAAAAACUGGUAGCUAAGUCUGAAACAUAUCCUGGAUCCUCAAGUGCAUCUGGCUUGAUCACAUCCAAGGAGGAGCCAAACCAUUAUUACCCUGGUAAAGAAAUAAAACGCAGAAAGCGACACAGGAGGAAGCACUACGAAGACCAGGAACCAUGUAUAAUGAGGGGGGUUUAUUUCAAAAAUAUGAAAUGGCAGGCAGCAAUAAAAGUUGACAAGAAACAGAUUCACUUGGGGACUGUUGGAUCUCAGGAAGACGCUGCUCGAUUGUAUGACAGAGCAGCUUUCAUGUGUGGGAGAGAACCCAAUUUUGAGCUCACGGAGGAGGAGAAACAGGAACUAAGACAGUACAACUGGGAAGAGUUCUUGGCGAUGACCCGCAGUGCAAUCAACAACAAGAAGCACCAAAGAAAGCUUGGUGCACGGAGGCGAAACAAAUCCGAGACUCAGAUUUCCAACAACUGGGAAAAGGAGGAUGGCACCCCUGCUUCAUCCAUGUCCGAGGACGAUGAAGAAGAUGUUGACGCCGAUACAUCAGUCUUGUGAUCAUUAUGAUGAUACAAGGAAUCCAGGUGCAAGUUCUCAUAAUUUUUAUUAUUGAGGCUAAAGCUUUUACAUAUCCAUAAUUCAUAGCUUAGCUUUAUUUCUCAUUAAUUUGCUCUGUAUAAAGGCCCCUAUUAGGGCGAGCUAUUGCCAUUUUGUAAUCAUCAAAAUGCUUCCUUUAAGAGAUCUCUAACGUUAUGAUGCCUUA